ACGGCGUUAAGCGCACUCGCUACGCUUGGGCAGAGAUUUAUGCACAGAUCGAAAAUAGUGCAUACUAAACUCUAAAUAAUCCCAUGAAACGAUUAUUAUCAACUAAUAUUUUAGAACAAUAAAAGAUUAAGUACAAAAACAACGCCACCUAAUCUAAUAUUUUUAUAAAACAACGUUCCAAGAAUAAUGCGAUUCGACAAAAAAAUGUAAAUAGCUAAGCAAAAAAGAACGCAUGGAAAAUAGUGACGAUCAAAUUAAUCGGUCACGUUUGAACCGAUAUGACGACAAAGAUACACUUAUUUAGUAACCUCUUAUACGAAAGGUUAUCUGGACUAUUUAAUCGCUUUGCUUGCCAAAACCAAAUACGCGCACAUGUUAUACUUUUUAUCAAUACACAAGAUAGCUUGAAUAGCAUUAGCGGAAUAUAAAUUAAUCAUUUUGUUGAUAAAAUCUAUGUAUCAUUGAUAUAUACACUGAUAAAUUUAUAUUAAUUAUAUUUAAAUGUUAUCAUAUAUUAUAAAUCACUUUUUCGAUAUAUAAAAACAAUAAGUUAAUAAAAUAAAUUCUGAUGCGGCAAUCGCACUAUAGCGUAAAUCGUAAAAUAUGAAAUCAAAAGUUUCCAGGAUUCCUUAAUGCAUUUCGACCGCUGCGCUGGUCAAAAUUUCGGGCCGCAGGUAUGAACGGCGCAGGUAAAAAAGUCCGCAUUGUGCAGAGCCGCCCAAUCCACAGCCGCAACUUAUACUGAGUAAGAGUUAGUAUACAAGCUGUGAGGCCGAGGAGUGGGGCAUCCGCGUCUCUCUGUGCUUUUGUAACGCAGUUGCUAUAGCUCAGUUUCUGUUCUUUGCCGACGCCGUAAACAACCUCUCUUGACAUCUGUAGAGAAUUCGAUCAAAUUAAUCGACUUUUAUUCGCGACUGGGUCGCUGAAAUUUUGUGUGUGGGUGAAAUUUUGUGUUUUCAUUUUUCGUUUUUUAAGAUGGCAAAAAUGCUGGCGUUCUAUGCCUUGGCAGCUGUUCUGCAGGUGUCGAAUUGCAUGAAUCUGCCGGCCAUAAUAACCGCAAAGUACGAUAUGCUGAUCUUCACGCAAGCCUGGCCCAUGACAUCCUGUUACGAGUGGGAAGAGAAAUCCCCGUCUCACAAGUGCAAUCUCCCACCGGAUGAGGAAUGGUCAAUCCACGGAUUGUGGCCUACGAAAAACGGGACAAUGGGUCCGUUUUUCUGCAACAGAACUAUGCACUUCAACUUGGCAGCGCUGGAAUCACUCCGGGCUCAAUUAGAAGUCAAGUGGAUUGACGUACAUAAGGGCGCAAAACCCCACGAGUUCUGGAGGCAUGAGUGGGAAAAACAUGGAACCUGCUCUGUCGACCUAGAGGUCGUGAAUACUGAGAAGAAGUAUUUUCAGAAGGGAUUGGAUCUUUUGGAUCAGUACGAUAUGAAGCAUGUACUUGGAAAGGCCAAUAUUGUGCCAAAUGGAAAGUACCAUCUGCAGGAUUACCUCGACGGUGUGAGGAAAAUUUUGGGGAAGAAUGCGCAAGUUGAAUGCGUGAGAAAUACCAAGAGGAAGGAGCUCUACAUAUCCGAAAUGCGCAUCUGCUUCGAUAGGCAAUUCGACCUAAUAGAUUGCAACGGCAUCCCUCACUUUCCCAGCAACUGUGACCACAACCAGCAAAUAAUAUAUCCAGGAAGUGUGCCAGAUUUGAUAACGCAUCUGCAGCCGUCGGCUAUUCAGAUAUGACGCUAGCUGUACUAUGAAAGACUAGCGAUUGCGGUGCCAAUUCUGCUUCUAGAUAAUUUCUUUUCUUUGACACGUGCAACUGCUUAUGACUGUAUACUCUCAUAUUGAGAUUGGCGCGGUUUCUUUUGUUAUCGACGAUUCUGCGCAGAUUCGCUGGAACUUCAAUCAGUAUAAAAAUAUAUGCGAGAAUUGAAUUGUUAAUAAAUUGUAAAAUUUCAAGAAAAAGUGAAUCAAUUUGUGAUGUUGAACAUGCACAUCACAACAAGCGUCUGUCUGAUGACAAAUUAUAAACAAUCUAAUUAUAACGAUUUAUAUAUUUAAUUAAAACAUUUUUAUGUAUGAUUAUUGAAAUUUUGUAUCCAAUUGUUAAAUGCUCUUGAUGUAGGAGUAUUUUUAUCACGCAAGAUAAUAUUUUAUAUAUUCAUUAUUUUGCCGCGAUGCAAGAAAUGAAAAAAAAAUAAUGUUAUACUCGCAAUUCACAGUAAAAAUACACUGUAUUCUCAAUUGCACGCUUUUGCUUCCUCCUAGAGGAAGCUUUGUAAUAGUAAAAUAUUGAGUUUCUUCAAAACUUCAAGAAAAUACUUUUUGGUAUGUUAGAAGUUCAAAUCAAGUGUUUUUAGAAAAUGUCCGUGUAGAUGUGUGUGUGUGUGUGUGUGUGUAUGUAUACCGUAAAAUUUCUGGAACUACUCCGUCAAUAACAAUAAAAUUUGACAUGCA